AUGUCAGGUUCCGGCGACUCUCCUGCUCCUGAAUCAUCAAACAAUAAGGGUGCGAAUCAGAACAAGGAGUCGGAAGAUGGUUCUCCUCCGUCGCCUCCACCUGCGUCAUCUCCGUCUCCAUCACCACCCUCUCCCUCACCGCCUAACUCUCCGCCUCCAUCACCACCUGCUCCCUCGCCGCCUAAAAACUCGCCGCCUCCGGACGAGUCUCCCACUCCUCCUCCGAAAGAGUCACCUUCACCCCCACCACCCUCUUCGCCUCCGCCUUCUCCUCCUCCUCCAUCGUCUCCGUCAUCUCCCUUAUCUCCGCCACCGUCACCACCUCCUCCGCCUAAAUCCAAAGCACCUCCACCACCUCCUCCUCGUUCCUCACCCCCAAAGCCCUCACCACCAUCACCAAACACAUCAUCAAACUCUUCACCUUCUCCACCGAAGACUACUCCACCGACGUCGAACGACGGCAAUACUGCUCAACCUCCUCCACCGUCCGGCAAUGAAGGCGAUCAGGGCAAUAGUCAAAACCUUGUUUCACCUCCUCCUCCUGGCACGCCUGCCACGCCUGCCCAGCCAAACCCUAACCCGGCCGUGCCUGCCGUCCCUACACCUCCGAAGCUACCUGCUCCCAAGACUCCAGUACCUCCGGCCAUACCUCCACCUCCAAAGCAAGCGCCAGCCAACCAAACCGCAGAUGACGCAAGCAGCCCAAGUAACAACGCUGGUCACACUGGUACUGUCGUAGGCUUGACAGUCGCCGGAGUUUUCCUGCUCGCUUUGAUCGCCGUCGUUUUCCUUUUUGUGAGGAGAAAGAAGAAGAAAAACCAACCCUAUCCUCCGAAUUAUAUGGCAGCACCUGGUCUAACACCAGAGGGAUAUUAUCAAGCAGGUCCGAAUUCUGGUCAGGCUGAAAGCUACUAUUCCAAUGGACCAUAUCCGCAGUCCUCCUUUGAGCAGGCCUAUGGAAGUCAGAGAGAAAGGAACGGCGGUGGAUCAGACUCGGAUCUUAAUGCUAUUGGUGGAAAUAGGGUGCAUUUCUCCUAUGAGGAGAUGAUGGAGAUUACCAAUGGAUUUUCCCGCCAAAAUGUGCUUGGCGAGGGUGGUUUUGGGUGCGUUUACAAGGGUUGGAUGCCGGAUGGGAAAGUGGUCGCGGUCAAGCAGCUUAAGGCCGGUAGCGGGCAGGGAGAGAGGGAAUUCAGGGCUGAAGUCGAUAUUAUCAGUCGCGUGCAUCAUCGGCAUUUGGUGUCUUUGGUUGGAUAUUGUAUCGCUGAGCAACAGAGACUGCUUAUCUAUGAAUAUGUUCCAAAUAAAACUCUUGAGCACCAUUUGCAUGGUGCUGGGAUGCCGGCGUUGGAUUGGACGAAGAGACUCAAGAUUGCUUUAGGGUCCGCAAAGGGUUUGGCAUAUCUACAUGAAGACUGCCAUCCAAAAAUUAUUCACCGAGAUAUUAAAUCCGCCAACAUUCUCUUGGAUGAUUCCUUUGAAGCACAGGUUGCAGACUUUGGACUUGCCAAACUGACAGAUGAUCUGAACACUCAUGUAUCCACGCGAGUCAUGGGGACAUUUGGGUACAUGGCUCCUGAGUAUGCAUCAAGUGGGAAGUUGACAGAUAGAUCAGAUGUAUUCUCAUUUGGAGUUGUGCUUCUAGAACUCGUAACUGGGCGCAAACCUGUUGACGCAACUCGGCCUUUGGGGGAAGAGAGUGUGGUAGAAUGGGCUCGUCCGCUCCUUAUUAAGGCCCUUGAAUCAGGUGACUUGAGCGAACUUGUAGAUCCUCGGCUUGAGAAGCAUUAUGUGGAGGGACAAAUGACAAGAAUGGUUGAGGCAGCAGCUGCAUGCGUGCGUCAUUCUGCUACAAAACGACCACGGAUGGCACAGGUCUGUAGAGCACUGGACUGUGAAGGUGAUGAUCUCUCGAAUGGGGUAAAAUUCGGGCAGAGUACCGCUUAUGACUCUGGCCAGUACAAUGAAGACAUUAUGAGAUUCAGGAGGAUGGCAUUAGGCGACAGCUCAGAGUUUGGAGCGUCUAGUUCAGAAUUUACUGCUUCCAAAGAACUAUCAGGACCUCAAACUACAUGGACUACGCCUCGUCCUGAUGGUUCAAGUGACGAAUCAGAAACUCGAGCCUUUAACAACAAGGGUAGUGCCAGCAGGAACCUACGCAACAACAGUGUCCGGCGAUACUAA